AUGGUGUUGUUACUGGUUUUCAAUCGUGUUGUGGGCAAGGCUCCAGUUUUUCAGUGUGCUUUUGUGGAUAGCUUCCCUAUUCUCCAUAAGUAUCUUCAUCCAGGAGAUCUCAUCAUCGGUGCCAUUGUAUCUCAGACCUUCUUUGUCACCAGUCAGAAAGAUUUCAAGCGCCAGCCUCCUGGGAUACUAUCUGAAAAGUCCGUAUUGAUGCCUCAGAACUACCAGAACAUCCUGGUUUUGGCAUUUGCUGUCAAGGAGAUAAAUGAAAAUCCGCAGAUCUUGCCAAAUCUCACCCUGGGGUUUCAUAUCUAUGACAGCCAUAUGAAUUCAAGAUUGACAUAUCGUGCUGCUCUGCAACAUAUUUCCCCAAGGAACAAAUUUGUCCCCAACUACAAGUGUGAUAUCCAGGACUAUCUACAAGUAGUUCUUGAGGACGUUCAUUCCGAAAAUUCACAACUUAUUUUUGAUCUUUUCAACAUCUACAAAAUCCCACAGCUCUUGUAUGGUCCUGCUCCAGUGAUGAUGGAUAACACCCAAGUCCCAUCCUUCUUUAAUAUGGUCCCCAAUGAAACCCAUCAGUGCCUGGGAAUUCUCCAGUUACUUCUACAUUUCAACUGGACGUGGAUUGGAUACUUUACUGGGAUUGGUUGGAAUUUAGAAUGGUUCGUGCAGAGGAUGUUUCCCAUCUUUUCCCAGCAUGGCAUCUGUUUUGCCUUCAUGUAUUCACAGUCCAAUAUAGAAGGCCAUGAUUAUAUGGCAGAAUAUCUGAAAAGGUUUUCAGAGGUGUAUGAAAAAAUGAUGGGGAGCACUGCCAAUGUAAUUCUCUUCAAAGGACAAGCUCGUGACAUGAUGUCAUUGAGAGGUUUGAUAACAUUCAUACAAAUGAAAUACAUGAUGCCAAAACCUAAAGGUAAAGUAUGGAUUGUAACAGCUCACAUGGAAUUAAAAACCUAUGACAACAAGGUAUUAGACCGGGAUGUGGAAAUAUUCCAUGGCAUGAUAUCUGUUGCAGUUCACUCCAAUGAACUUCAGGGAUUCCAACAAUUUUUUAAGAGCAGAAAGCCAUCCAGUGCGGAGGGAGAUGGGUUUCUCAAGGACUUCUGGUCGUACACAUUUCAUUGUGCAUUCCCCAGUUCUGUUCUGGGCGAUGUGAAUCAGGCUAAUUGCACUGGAGAGGAGACACUGAAGGACUUUUCUGCAUUUGAAAGGAGCGUGACAGGCCACAGCUACAGCAUCUACAAUGCGAUCUAUGCUGUUGCUUAUGCUCUGCAUGCGAUGCAUUCUUUGAAUGGUCGAGCAAAGAUGCAAGGAGAGAGAAAGAAUUUUCAAAAUCAGCAACCUUGGCAGCUUCAUCACUUUCUGAGACACGUCUCAUUUAACAACAGUGCUGGUGACCAGAUUUCUUUUGACCACAAUGGAGAAUUGAUAGCAGGACUUGAUGUUAUCAACUGGGUAACAUUUCCAAACCAAUCUUUUGUUAGAGUGAAAGUUGGAAAGACCCAUCUCCAGGCUCUUUCGGAGCAAGCACUUCAGAUUGAUGAAGAAUCCAUGGUAUGGCACCCCCGAUUUAACCAGGUACAACCUCUGUCUUUAUGCAGUGAGAAUUGCAAUCCUGGGUAUAGGAUGAAAGAGAGGGAAGGGGAACCAUUCUGCUGUUAUGAUUGCCACCCAUGUCCGGAAGGUACAAUCUCUGAGCAUAAAGACAUGGCUGAAUGUUUACCAUGCCCGAAUGAUCAUUAUCCAAACAAGGAGCAGAAUUCAUGCAUUCCCAAAGUUGUUGUCUUUUUGUCCUAUGAAGAUCCCUUAGGGAUGGGUUUAGCCAUUGUUGCUAUUUUGUUUUCUUUGAGCACAAGUGUGGUUCUAAGUAUGUUUAUGAAGCACCACAACACUCCAAUUGUCAAAGCCAACAACCGGAGUCUCACCUAUGCUCUCCUUGUCUCCCUCCUGUUCUGCUUCCUGUUUUCAUUGCUGUUCAUUGGCCGACCUGGAAAGGUGACCUGUCUCCUCCGACAAACUGCCUUUGCCAUCAUUUUCUCGGUAUCGAUUUCUUGUAUUCUGGCAAAGACACUCACUGUCAUUCUGGCUUUCAUGGCUACCAAACCAGGAAGUAGGAUGAGGAAGUGGGUGGGGGGGAAAGUGGCCACCUCCAUUGUCCUUUCCGGCUCCCUUAUCCAAGGAGGUAUUUGUAUUGUGUGGCUGGCAACAUUUCCCCCAUUCCCAGAUGUCAAUAUGUAUUCAGUGACUACAGGAAGCAUACUGGAAUGUAACGAGGGCUCACCUCCCAUGUUUUACUCUUCCUUGGGCUACCUGGGAUUUCUGUCCAUUUUGAGCUUCAUUGUGGCUUUCUUUGCCAGGAAGUUACCGGACAGUUUCAACGAAGCCAAGUUUAUCACUUUCAGCAUGCUGGUCUUUUGCAGUGUUUGGGUGUCCUUUAUUCCAACUUACCUGAGUACCAAAGGAAAAUACAUGGUAGCUGUGGAGAUCUUCUCAAUUUUAGCUUCCAGUGCUGGCUUGCUGACUUGCAUCUUUGCCCCCAAAUGCUACAUUAUUCUUUUUAGGCCUGAGCUGAACAAAAGAGAGCAGCUAAUAAAGAGAACUUAUUAG